AUGGAUGUCGAGCCCGCAGCGCAAGCCGAGUCCUCCAAUUCACCCCGCAAGUCGCCGGCCAAGUCGCCCAUGCGGACCGACGAUGCGCCCGCUCCUGCAAAGCGCGCGCGUACCGAUACCCGUUCCGAGGACAAGAAGCGUGGCCAGCGCAUGUUUGGCAACAUCCUCGGUACUCUGCGCAAGUUCCAGGACGACGACAAGAGCAAACGCGGUAGCGAGGCGGCCAAGCGUCGCGAGGAGACGGCAGCUCGUAUAGCGGCCAAGAUUGCGUCCGAGACAAAUGCCCAGCACGAGAUUACCAACGCCGAGCGCGAGUUGCGGACAUUGAGGAUCGCAACGGAGAACGCGACCUACGUGCUUGAGCACAAGGAGAUUGCGCUCGCUUCGCGUCACAGCUCCCUGCGCACUGCCUCAAAGUACCUCUUCACCACGAGCGAGAACGGCGAGCCUCUGUUAGAAGGCGGCCUGUAUCCCUCGGCACCACUCCCUCUGGCCCGCGGUCCCCGCAAGAACUCUGGCGAUUCCGCUGCACCACCAUUGUUCUUCCUCCCCAAGGUCCUUGUUCCCGAGCAGGAGGACGCCCUGCGCGAGCGGCAAGCACGCGUCGAUACGCUUAUCGCGGACGAGGUCGACGCGCUGCGGACAGAACGGGAGGACGCGGCACGCACGGCCGACACGAACCGCGAAAAGAUGGCAGACCUCACGGUCAAGCUCCAGCGGUUGAAGGAGCAGGCCGGCAAGGCGCCACGCGCUCCAGUGCAGCAACGCAGCGAGAGGGAGCGUUCUCGGGAGCCAACGCAGGAGCGCAGCGUCGGCAUGGGUGGCAGCGGUGGCCGCGACGCGCCGCCCCAUCAGCGUGAGGUGGAUGUGAGCGCAAUCACGUCGGUGAGGCAAGACGACGGCGAGAUGGAUGUCGAGUAUUAG